AUGGUGGGCAACAAGACUGAGAGCAAGUUCUCUUUGCCUGUCAUACACAGCAUAUACCAUGAUCCAACCAACCUGCAGCUGCUCCAUAUUCUCAAGCAAAAGACUACUGACCUUGACGUCAAGCGAUAUGCGGUCCAGUAUAUGGAGGAGACUAGCGGCUUCAAAUACACCCGUAUCGCGCGACAACCUGGGGCACAACCGCUCGUUGCUGGGUCCUCUGGGGCUUAUCAUGUGGCGGGCCCAGGCGGGGCGGUCUACGAAACUCAGACGGAAAAGGCGGACGCACUUCGGGCCGAGAUUCUGGAGAGGCGCGCGGCCGCAGACGACAUCCCCUGGGCUCCGGAGGUGCGGGCCCCGCACAGAGCCGUCAACUGCAGCGUUACGCUAGCCGAUGCGGCGCAUGCCUGCACGUCCACCGGGAACACCUCAGCACGCCUAGCAAAGGAGGGCUGCCGGGCCGAGGGUCCGGACAGAUCGCCGACCUACGCGAACAUCAAGAGACAGGCCAAGGCUGCGGCCAGGCGCGACUUCCAGGACUGGUGGGCCGCGGGGGCCCCGAGCAGCUACAAGAGCCUAGAGCUCAAGGCCUCGCUCGGGUGCCCCCCGGAGCUGCACACCAAACGAGAGCACCUCCAUCACCUGCUCGCUGCGAGGAGCGGGCACGGGGACUUCGCCGACUACCACGAGAGGUUUAACCACGAAGAGGCCCGGAUCGAAUGCUCUUGCGGAGGAGAAAAUCACCGACACACCCCUACUGCCGGAAGUGGCUCCAUCGCCUUCGUGGACGACUACUCUGCCUGGGUCACUGGACCAACAGCCGAGUCGAACAGAGAUGGUAUUCAGUCGAUUAUCGAUGAUGCGCUCGAGUGGGAGAAGCGCAGCGGCGCCACAGGGAAUGAUGUCAAGCCGAAGGACAAUGUGAAGCUGCUGGGAGUCAUCAUGGAUCAAGCACUUCGCUUCAAGGAGCAUAUCGCCGGAAUGGCCUCGCCACGAACGGCGAGGCAACUGUUCACUGCGACCGUUGCGCCGACCAUGGAUUAUGCCUCCAACGCAAUCACAGGAGGAUUCCGCACAGUGGCAACGGCAGUGGCUGAGGCCGAGGCUGGCGUGCAAUCAUUCCGAGAACGGCACGCUCAAGCGGCAGCGAAAUUCUGGAUAAGGAUGCGGACGCUCCCGAAGACGCAUCCUCUGACAUCGUUGAGGCUCAAGCUGCACAGGAGGUAUGCCUCGCCGAUGCAGAAGCUCGCCUCGGCGAUGUCAAGACUAGAUACCAAACGCGUGGAAGUCAUCCAUGAGUUCGCACUCGCGCCGUGGGACGAACGUAUGCAGGCAAAGUACGAGGCAGACCGAGUGGAGGUGAUGAGGCCGGAGGUCCCGGAGGACAUCACUAUUGCGACGUCCAGUUCUCAAAGGAAAGGCAAGGUCGGUUUGGGAGGCGUCGUUCGGGAUGCUUCCCGUGACAACGCAGACGAGGUGCUGGCAAGCUACUCCGUCACCCUUGGCUCCAGUGAUGAGCAGAAUGUCUACACAGCAGGACUCGAGGCAAUCGCCAUGGCCCUGAGCAACCGCGCUGUCCUGCAAGUCAUCGGGCGACCGCGGCAGCAGUCUGGCAAGAGCAACGACGUUACGACUGCUGCUCAACGAACACACUCGCGUUAG